UACCUCUGCCAGUCUUUCGCAUGCGUCAUCAUGUGGAGCGGCUAAACAUCAUGGCUUCCUCCGGUGCAGUUUUUGAGGUUUUAAGUCAAAUGUUUGGUUUAGUUUGAGACUAAAACGAAGCCAUGUCGGACUCUGUUGGGCCGGAAACUCUCCAGGAUCGUUUGGACCGAUUACAGGAGCUGACAGAAUUUACUGAAAAGUGCAAAAAACAGUUAAACGAAAUAUUUGAAACGUUGGGAUGGUCGCAGGAGUACGACAAGGAUUCCCACCAGGAACCAAUGGAGCAGUGCCCUUAUGACCCUGACCACAUGGUCCCAGUCAGAACCAUGGAAAAACACAAAGCCUCCUGCAGUCUCAGCAAAAUGGGUUACCCUGCUGAGGAGCAGGAAGAGAUGUACGAUCCCUCCGUGUGUUAUGAAAACACCAGCGUCAAAGGUUUUUUAAUGGACAAAUCGACCCAGCACCAGGUCAUACUACAGGCUAGAUCUGCAGCUCCACUGAUGAAGAUGGAAGGAGUCUUCUGGCAAGGUCAGUACUCUGGCCAGCCCGUCGAUGUGCCUCAGAACCACAAGCGAGCCGUGUGUGAUCUCACUGUUGCAGACCGUUUGGCUCUUUACGAUCACGUGGUCGACGUUCUCGGCCAGCAGAAUGAGGCCGUGUCAUCCAAGGAGGAUCUCUACGUAGAUUUGGUUUCAAAACUUCAAAAAGGUGAAGAGCAAAAUGAGCCGAAGAGUCACCUGGAGCUGAUGGCAGAGAUGAGGGACUACAAGAGGCGACGACAGUCCUACCGAGCCAAGAAUGUUCACAUCACUAAGAAAUCGUACACUGAGGUGAUCAGAGAGGUGAUCAGUGUCCAUUCAGAGGAGCUCGCCAGACAGUGGAAAGAGGAGGAGGAUGAGAAGCAAUCAUCUAGAUCUGAUCAUUCCCCUCAAGGUCGCUGGCUGGAUAAAAGACGAUCGAAAUCCUCCGAGUCACAUCACUCACACAGCAAGCGCCAUCACGGCCGAGAAAGAAGCCAUGACAAAGAGAGGAAGAAGAAGAAGAAAAGGAAGGAGAGGGAUUCCCGUUCUCCUGAUGGCCACCACCAUGACAGAAAGAAAAAGAAGAAGAAGAAGGAUGACCGGGAGAGAGAGAAGUGAGAAUGUUGGAUCUUUAGCAUCAACAGUCAGAAACUCGUAAACCUCAUCCAGCUAAACUAGCUGCAGUUGUCACAGUUUAUUAGCCAACUCUGUGAUCGUUUUUUUUUUUUCAUUAAAAUGCUCAUUUAAGCAAA